AUGGAUGCUUUAACAAGGAUUGUGGUGUUGGGAAAAACUGGAAUCGGGAAGAGCAGCAUCGCUAACACCAUAUCUGGAGAGACUGUGUUCGAGGUAGACCAUUCAGCCUUAUCUGGAACAAGUGAAUGUCAAGCAAAAAACAUAUCUGUCAAUGGAAGAAGCAUUAAGUGGAUUGACACUCCUGGGUUCUUUGACACACGGAGGUCUGAGAAGGAGAUGAAGCCUGAGAUAGUGAGGUGCAUCACAGAGUGCGCUCCUGGGCCUCAUGUUUUUCUCAUUGUGCUCAAAGUGGAGAAAUACACAGAGCAUGAGCAGGCUGUCAUAAAUAAACUCCAAGAAUAUUUCUCAGAAGAAGCUUUAAAAUAUUCCAUAGUUCUCUUUACACAUGGUGACCAGCUCGCUGAGGGAGAGACUAUCGAGCAGUUUGUCCUGCGAAGUAAAGAUCUGAGUGAUAUUGUGAGGAAGUGUGAGUGCCGGUGCCACAUCAUUGAUAAUAAAUACUGGAAGAACAACCAACAGGAUGGAUACAGGAGCAACCAGUUCCAGGUAGAAGAGCUACUCAAGACAAUAGAUAAAAUGAUUGAGGCCAACAAAGGAGGCUACUUUACCAAUGAGAUGCUCCAAGAAGCAAAUAGAAAAGCAGAGGAAGAACAAGAGCGUAUCAGACAAUCAUAUCCAAACAUGUCACUAGAGGAGAUCACACAAAGGGCUAAAACCAGUGUCUUUGAAAAUUUUUGGCUUAAAUUUGCUGGUGGUGCUACAGCAGCAGCACUGUUGGUAGCUUUCCUUGUUCUCACAUCCCUCACCCCCAAACCCUGUUUCUCACCUCUUUCAAAGGGCAGCACAGUGGCCCAGUGGGCAGCACUGUGGCCCCAAAGCAAGAAGGGUCUCGACCCCCGGGUUCCUAGCCACUCCAGCCCCCAAACCCUAAACAACCCCCUUCAUCCCUCCACUCUCGACUCCUUCAUCCCUCUCACCUCAAUCCCUCCAUCCUAA